AUGUCGAACCCGGGUCCAGCUGGGCCUCUAGGCCACCUGACAGGCAUGUACUUCGACCCCGACCGGAACCGCUACUUUCCCCUAGCCAUGCGCAACCUGCAGCUCCCCCUCUGUCCGCCAGCGACGAAGCGCAAGCGACCCGUUGCGGCCCCAUCGCCGCCCUCAAAGCGGACACUGCGACUACCGCGGCGCUCCCACCCCCACCCCUCUUCUGCUUCUUCGUCUAUGAGUCGGGGGGAGCACAAACUCGCCAGUGCGACCAUGCAGGGCGCGAUGGAGGUCGCCAAGUGCCCGGGGGAGGGCAUCACGAGUCUGAAGAGCUAUGCCGGCGGCCUGUGCGUCACGACCGACCACGGGGAGGUGAUCCUCGUCGACCGCUCGGGAGAGAGGGACUGGCAGGCACUCUGUUCCCAGCCCCUACUCGGUGUCCACUUCAACCCCGCGCGGAGCACGGUGCUCGCCGUCGCGAACGGGAACGACCCGCACGCCCACUCCCUCCGGCACACGGCGUACGGCGCCUUGGAGGCGGGCACGCUCGAUUUCCCGCAACGCGACCUCUUCGCCAUGUCGAGCUUUGACGACGUGACCUCGCUCGGUUCAGUUCGGAGCGUCAACGUCCUGACCCUGGGCCAGACGCUGGGGUAUGCGCGCCGGCGAUUGCCGAGCGAUCCGCUGGCGCUGCACCAGGCGAGUCGGGACGUGCUCUUCGCCGGCCUGCGGAGCUCGGCAAUCGUGCUCGAGGAUUUAAGGGUUGCGCGGCAGACGUCCGCCCUCGCCACCCUUCCGCGGGGCAAGGCCGUGACGGCCGUGAAGCGGCUGGCGGACAGUGCGGUGCCGUUCGGCGUCCUGGCGGCCGGACUGGACCAUCAGCUCGUCCUCUUCGACGCGCGCUUCUCCCGCUCCCCCCUGCGCACAUUCAAGGGCCACGUCAACGUGUACCACACCAACCUGGCCGUCACGACGAGUCCGGACGAUAUGGUCGUGCUCGCCGGCGGGAGCGAUCGGAGGAUCAGGGCGUGGAACACCGUCACGGGGGAGCAGAUCUUGCCCGCUAACAGACACCGACGCAACGUGCUCGGCAUGGACUUUAGGUAUAACGUGAAGCACGUCGAUGUCGAUGAGGACUGGAACGUGCGCGUCGCGAGUGCGGGCGACGUGCUCCGCUUUGCUUAA